AUGAAAAGUGGAAAGUUAAGAAAACUCCUUAAGAAUUGGCCAUCCUUGAGUAAAAGAAUCUCCAACAACGAAAGGAGAGCAAAUGCUACCGGCGCUGAUGUCACGCCUGUCGGAAAUGUUGAUGAUGAUGCUGCCGUCGACAUCGUUUUCUCCUCCUCCUCCGGCACUGAAAAUCUUCAAGCUGUCUAUGUGGGAAGGUCUCGUCGACAGUAUUUCGUGACCUCCGAGGUUAUAAACCAUCCGUUGUUUCAAGUCCUGGUCGAUAAAUCCGAGGUCUUCGGCGAGGCGUCGUCGACCAUCGUCGUCUCAUGUGAAGUGGUUCUGUUUGAACAUUUGUUGUGGAUGUUGAAGAAUACUGAUUCAUCAACUUAUUUCGAUUCAAACUCCAUGGAUGAGCUUGUUGAAUUCUACACUUGCUAAUUAAUUCAUGGAAUC